AUGGCCUCGCUAGUCAACUCUCUCGUCAACGCCCUGACAGGCAGCUCGGACAGUCUCUGCUCUGUCCUGGCCGAUCACGGCUUCCAGGUCGAGUAUCCGCUCUCGCUCUCGUAUACCAGCGACCUGACGAACUACUGGUCGGCGGCAUGCUCGGAUCUUCAUCCCGAAUGCAUGGUUGCGCCGAAAAAUGCCCAGGAGAUGGCGGAUGUGAUCGCCGUGCUGGGGUAUACGCAGGACCAAUUCGCGGUCAAAUCGGGCGGUCACUCGCCUAACCUUGGUUUCUCGAGCACGCAGGGCGGGGUGCUGAUCGUUACGAAGAAUCUCGAUCAGGUGGAGUAUGACCCUUCCACCCAGACGGCUGUUGUCGGGCCGGGGCAGAAGUGGGAGGACGUGCAGGGGAAGUUGGAGGGAACGGGACGGGCGGUUGUCGGCGGGAGACUGGGAGGUGUAGGUGUUGGAGGGUUGCUUCUAGGAGGUGGUCUCAGCUACCUCAGCCCCCAGUAUGGCUGGGGAGCGAACAAUAUCCUCAACUACGAGAUCGUCCUGGCGAACGGCACGAUCGUCAACGCAAAUGAGAAUGAGAACUCGGAUCUCUUCGCUGCCUUGUGGAGGCAGCGCUUUCGGCGAAAUUACAUCUUCUCUGGUGUUGAUACGGCGGAGAUGCUUGCUGCUCUGCAGAAUUUCGUCGAGUAUUACCCCGAUGAGAAGGCUUCAAUAAUUUUGACCAGGGAGCAUGCACCGCUGCUUGAUAUCUGGGUCAUGUUCCUCUUCUAUGAUGGAGAGAAGCCCCCGGCGGGUAUCUUUGACAACUUCACUGCCCUGCAUCCGACGGACCAAACCCGGACAUACGAUAGUUACACCGACCUGCUGAAAAACGGCGACAAAUUCAUCCUUCACGGAAGCCGAUACAGCAUUGCAGGUGAAACCAUUCCGGUCCCAAAGGACAUGUCGCCCGAGGUCUUACAAUCCAUCUUUGAUUUCUGGCUUGACGUGAACAACGAGGUAUUGCUGGAGACCGGCAUGGUGGGGACCAUCGACUUCCAGCCCUUCCCACGGAGCAUCGCACAGAAAGCCUUGGAGCUCGGAGGAGAUCUGCUCGACUUUCCCCCAGACCAGGACUAUAUUCUCCUUCAGAUCACCCUGCAGUGGUCGCUUGGGCUGUCCGACGCUCGGAUGCACGAUGCCACGCAGAAGCUCUUCAAAGGGUUUGGUCGCUUGCUUGAGGAGCACAUAGCUAAUGGAACACUGCCGGAUGUGUAUCGUCCGUUGUAUAUGAAUGAUGUCAACGCUGACCAAGAUUACUGGGGUCGAUUGAGGACACACGACCGGGCCUUGCAGGCGAGACUCAAGUAUGAUCCUGCGGGAUUCUUCCAAACGCGGACCAGUGGGUUUCGCUUGUCCUAA